AUGGCCGGACUCGCGGCAGCCGCCGUCGAGUACGUCGGCUUCAACGGCACGGGGCAGAUCCGCACCGUGUGGGGUUACGGCGACCAGUACCGGGCGGACCUGGGGUGCCUGACAGCGGCGGGGCUGUGGACGGCCGACGAUUCGCGCUGCGACAUCUUCGAUGCCGUGCGCUUCAACGCCUCCACCUUCACGCUGGCCAGCUCCGCGGGCCCGUGCCGCGUGCUCGGCGCCGAGUUCACCUGCGCCAAGGGGAACGAGGGCUACUACUUCGGGCUUUGGCCGUGGGGCAACUCCAUCGCCGGCGUCGAGUGUCUACGCUGGGGACAGUACGGGCUCAUGGCGAGCUCGGGGAGGAACCCGCCCCUGGCGACGGACCCACCGCAGGAGAUCCACCUCACCUCCUAUAUCGAGGAGGGAAAGUACGUCUGGUUGGCGUUUGGCAAGGUCGAGGGCGUGUCGAACCACUGA